AUGGCGGGCGUGACGAACGAGCGCUACUGCACGGUGCUGCUGCAGCAGGUGACGGGGGAGAAGGCGCUGCCCCCGUCGCAGGACGAGAUCCUCAAGGGCCUCGAGUCGCCCAAGGUGGAGCUCAAGAUCCGCGCCGUCAAGAGCGCCAUCCUCGCGCUGCUGCAGGGCGAGAAGCUGCCCAAGGUGCUGAUGCACAUCAUCCGCUUCUGCUCCACGCAGAGCGACCACACGCUCAAGAAGCUGCUCAUGGUCUACUGGGAGAUCGCGCCCAAGUACGAGCAGCAGCCCACGAGCGAGGCCGGCGCGCCCAAGGCUCCGCCCAAGCUGCUGCCCGAGAUGAUCCUGGUCUGCAACGCGCUGCUGAACGACCUGAACCACCCGAACGAGUACAUCCGCGGCUGCAUGCUGCGCUUCCUGUGCAAGAUCAAGGAGAAGGACAUCCUGGAGCCGCUCAAGGACGCCGUCAAGAGCAACCUGGAGCACCGCCACUCGUACGUGCGCAAGAACGCCGUCAUGACCGUCUACACCAUGUACAAGACCUUCGGAGACGUGCUCAUCCCGGACGCGCCCGAGCUCAUCGAGCGCUUCAUCCUCAACGAGAGCGACGCCGGCGCCAGACGCAACGCCUUCCUCAUGCUCAAUGACUGCGCUCAGGACAGGGCCGUCACGUUCCUGAUGAACGCCAUGGACCAGGUGCCCAAGUUCGGAGACGGCUUCUCGCUCGUGAUCCUCGAGAUGACACGCAAGGUCUGUCGCCAGGACCCGGCGCAGAAGGCGCGCUUCGUGCGCUGCGUGUUCCAGCUGCUGAACUCGUCGUCCCCUGCCGUCAGCUAUGAGGCCGCGUGGACGCUCGUGACGCUGUCGGCAGCCCCCACGGCUAUGCGCGCGGCGGCUAAGACGUACUGCGGUCUGCUCAACUCGCAGAGCGACAACAACGUCAAGCUCAUUGUGCUGGACCGUCUCGCGGACCUCAAGAAGCACCACACUAAGGUGCUGCAGGAGAUCCUGAUGGACAUCAUGCGCGCGCUCAGCUCGCCCAAUUUGGACAUUUGCAAGAAGGUGCUGGAGAUCGCCAUGGACCUAGUGUCGGUGCGCAACAUUGACGAGGUGGUGACUCACCUGAAGCGUGAAGUGGUCAAGACGCAGGACAAGACCCGUGAGAAGGCUGGAGAGUACCGUCGCCUGCUCAUUAAGGCUAUUCACGCUUGCGCCGUCAAGUUCCCGGAGGUUGCCAACGCUGUGGUACACCUGCUGAUGGAGUUCCUCAACCAGCCGGACGGAGCUAUGGAUGUCGUGCUCUUCGUGCGCGCGAUGUGCGAGAGCUACCCGGAGCUGCGUGAGAGCAUCUUGCAGAAGCUGAUGAUCUCGUUCACUGACAUCUCCUUGGCUAAGGUUUACCGUGUCGGCCUUUGGAUUCUGGGUGAAUACGCUACUCUUCCGCCUCAGGACGGCGCUGCUUACUCCAAGCCUGUAACCAAGAGCGUUGUGCUGGCGGACGGCACGUACGCUACAGAGACGUCGUAUUCUGCCCCUGCUGCGAAGGCUGGUGCUGAAGAGGAGAACGUGCCGGGUUUGCGACGCCUGCUGCUGAAUGGCGACUUCUUCCUCGGUGCUGCUGUCGCUUCGACACUGACCAAGUUGUGUCUCCGUGUUUCGAAUGGUGACGUCGCCAGUGCUACAGCUCGCAACGCAGCCAUCAAGAAGCUGGUUGUGGAUUCUACACGGUGCAUGUGCGCUAUUGUUGCUUACGGACAGUCCAAGGCGAGCAAGCACGAGAUCGAUCAAGACUCGGCUCGCCGCAUUCUUAUGGGCGUGCGUGUCUUGCUUGACCCGGCCAGCGCGCAGGCCACGCACACGAUCAUCACAGAAGAGUGCCGCUCUGCGUACCGUCACCUCCUGGACACCCAGAAGGCGCAAGAGGCUGAGGCUGCCCGCGCUGCCGCUGGCGGUGCUGGUGGCGAGCCAGUGACACAGGCGGACGACCUUAUUAACUUCAGACAACUUCGCGGCAAGAAGGCUUUGGGUUCGACGGAUAUCGACAUCGACGAUGGUGCCGACAUCAACCGUGCCCUUGGCCAACAGGGCGAUGGUUCUGACAACGAAUACGCUGGUGCGAUGCGCCACGUGCACCAGCUGACUGGUUUCGCCGACCCAGUGUACGCCGAGGCCUACGUCACAGUUCACGACUAUGAUAUUGUGCUGGAGAUUUUGGUGGUCAACCGCAUUCCUCAGACUCUCACUAACCUGACGGUGGACCUCUCGACGAUUGGAGACCUCAAGCUUGUGGAGCGCCCUCAGCCGCAAACCAUUGGGCCCCUUGACCAGCGCACGAUUCGCGCCAACAUCAAGGUCAGCUCCACCGAAACGGGCCACAUCUUCGGUACCAUUGUGUACGAUUCGGCAUCAGGAGCGGAGAAGACGUACGUGAACCUGAACGACAUUCACCUGGACAUCAUGGACUACAUCAAGCCCGCCACAUGCACAGACGCAGCCUUCCGUGCUAUGUGGGCCGAGUUCGAGUGGGAGAACAAGGUGGCUGUGCACACAGAACUCUCGAACGUGUUUGAGUUCCUGCAGCACGUGGUAGACAAGACGAACAUGCGCUGCAUGACGCCUACGGCUUCGCUGGGCGGAGACACGAACUUCCUCGCUGCUAACCUGUACGCCAAGAGUGUCUUCGGUGAGGACGCGCUGGUCAACCUCAGCGUCGAGAAGCAGGACAGCGGGCGUAUCGCUGGCUACAUCCGUAUCCGCAGUAAGACUCAGGGUAUUGCGCUCAGCUUAGGCGACCGCAUCACAGCUGUGCAGCGCGGUAAGGACGACCAAGGCAAGCGGAAGAAACUCCUGGCGUAG